CGCGGGGCGGCAGGCGGCGGCGGCGGCCCGGGGCCCGAGCCCGGAGACGGGAGCGGCCGCCAUGGCCGAGAGCAUCAUAAUUCGUGUCCAGUCCCCAGACGGGGUGAAGCGGAUCACAGCCACAAAGAGAGAAACAGCUGCAGCAUUUUUGAAAAAGGUCGCAAAGGAGUUUGGCUUCCAAAAUAAUGGCUUCUCAGUUUACAUCAAUAGAAACAAGACUGGAGAGAUAACAGCAUCGUCCACCAAAUCCCUCAGUCUGCUCAAAAUCCAGCAUGGAGAUCUGCUGUUCCUGUUUCCCUCGAGCCUUGCUGGACCCUCCUCAGAAAUGGAGACAUCGGCCCCGCCGGGGCUGAAGGCCUGCGGCGCUCCCAACGUGGUGGAGGAUGAGAUCGACCAGUACCUCAGCAAGCAGGACGGAAAGAUUUAUAGAAGCCGCGACCCACAGCUGUGCCGACACGGGCCUCUGGGGAAAUGUGUCCACUGUGUCCCGCUAGAGCCGUUUGACGAGGACUACCUGAACCAUCUCGAACCUCCUGUGAAGCACAUGUCCUUCCACGCCUACAUCCGAAAGCUGACCGGGGGGGCCGACAAGGGGAAAUUUGUUGCCCUGGAGAACAUCAGUUGCAAGAUUAAAUCAGGGUGCGAGGGACACCUUCCGUGGCCUAACGGCAUCUGUACUAAGUGCCAGCCAAGUGCCAUCACGCUGAACAGACAGAAAUACAGACAUGUGGACAAUAUCAUGUUCGAGAAUCACACGGUUGCCGAUCGCUUCCUUGACUUCUGGAGGAAGACAGGGAACCAGCAUUUUGGGUAUUUAUAUGGACGGUAUACAGAGCACAAAGACAUUCCUCUUGGCAUCAGGGCCGAAGUAGCUGCCAUUUAUGAGCCGCCUCAGAUCGGCACACAGAACAGCCUGGAGCUUCUGGAAGACCCAAAAGCUGAGGUGGUGGAUGAAAUUGCUGCCAAGCUUGGCCUGAGGAAGGUUGGCUGGAUAUUUACAGACCUCGUCUCAGAAGACACCCGGAAGGGUACCGUCCGAUAUAGCCGUAAUAAGGACACCUAUUUUCUGAGUUCGGAAGAAUGUAUCACUGCAGGAGACUUCCAGAAUAAGCAUCCCAACAUAUGUCGACUCUCUCCAGACGGACAUUUUGGAUCUAAGUUUGUCACUGCGGUGGCAACAGGUGGUCCCGACAACCAGGUCCACUUUGAAGGGUACCAGGUCUCCAAUCAGUGCAUGGCAUUGGUCCGUGACGAGUGCCUGCUGCCCUGCAAGGAUGCCCCUGAGCUCGGCUAUGCCAAGGAGUCCAGCAGCGAGCAGUAUGUGCCCGAUGUGUUCUAUAAGGACAUAGACAAGUUUGGCAAUGAGAUCACCCAGCUGGCCCGGCCCCUGCCCGUGGAGUAUCUGAUCAUAGAUAUCACAACAACUUUCCCCAAGGAUCCAGUUUAUACUUUUUCUAUUUCACAAAAUCCAUUUCCUAUUGAAAACCGGGAUGUAUUGGGUGAGACACAGGACUUCCACAGUUUGGCCACCUAUCUGUCCCAGAAUACCUCAUCCGUGUUCCUGGAUACCAUCUCGGAUUUCCACCUCCUGCUGUUUCUGGUCACCAAUGAGGUCAUGCCUCUGCAGGACAGCAUCAGCUUGUUGCUGGAGGCAGUGAGGACCAGAAAUGAGGAGCUCGCCCAGACGUGGAAGAAGUCUGAGCAGUGGGCCACCAUCGAGCAGCUGUGCAGCACAGUCGGAGUACAGCUUCCGGGUCUCCACGAGUACGGCGCCGUCGGGGGCUCCACGCACGCCGCCACGGCUGCCAUGUGGGCCUGUCAGCACUGCACCUUCAUGAACCAGCCUGGCACCGGCCACUGUGAGAUGUGCAGCCUCCCGAGGACCUAGGGCUCCCGGCCCCUGCUGGCAGGACUGGGCCCAGCCCAGCCCUCUCUGAAGCCGGGAUCAUCGUAACCAUUGCCCGAUGGCGGGCAGCCCUGAUGGGCAGGGCAGGGUGGCUGCCCUCGGGUCUCUGACCCACAAAGCUUCUCAGCAGCAGGCUUCCCUGGAGGGAGAGCCAGGCUGGUGCACUGUGGGCUGACGCCCCGUACCAGCCUCCCAGGUGGCGGAAGGACUUGGGCACCUCAGAACCGUCCCCUGGGGUAGGGAGGGGUGGGGAGGGCUUACUGUCACUAUCCACCUUUCUCUUCCCUUCCUCUGGAUGCUUUUUGUUCUCACCCCUCCCACGGUUCCAGUUGGGAGUUCCUGGUGGCUGCUGUACCCAGUUGCUCUGGGCAGACCCUGGCUGGGAGACUGCCUCUUCCCCUGCCGGGGGCCAUUGCCAUGGAAACCUGAGUUGGCCCAGGGUUCCUGGCCUCCCUUGUGCUUGAUCUGCAGGUUAAUUUGCUGCCCACCCUCCUCCUUGCUCUCACCUGACCUCCAGGUGCGAUUUUUAAAGUCUGCGUUGGUUGUAAUAACAGUUAUCAGUAAUUUCUGCCCAGAAGACUUUUAUUUAUUUCUUUUUAAGAUAAAAACUACAUAAAAGGGGAGUGAGAGAGACUAGUUCCCACUUCCUUUCCUCUAGUAGUGAGUUCCCAGGAGCGGGUGCAGGGAGGACACAGGGUGGGCGAGGGUGGACAGAGACCCACGGUCAUUUCUUGGAAGUAAACCUCAGUGCCUGAGACUUUCUUGCCAAGCCACACAGCUGUAGAUGUGGUCCAGCAGGAGGGCAGCAGCCCCUCCAGGAGGCUGAUGCCUCGGGCCAGGCCUCCCCGGGGUGCACUAGGCUGCCCAGGUCCCAGAGCUCUGGCCCCUUCUUCCCAUUGCCCUGCCCAUCCCCUGGGCUCCUGCACGGUGACAGAGCCGUUGCAUCAGGCCCCCGUGAGAGUAUGGGUUUGGCCUAUUGUGAGGCCCAUGGGGACUGUUGCGGGGUCCCAGGACAGAGGUCAUGGUCAGGCCUUGUACCUGUGCACUAGGGUCCCCAGGCAGGUGUGGGCGGCACCCUGAUGCCUCUUUGCCUUAAUGAGGGCCGGGUCUCGGAGCUGCAUGGCACCCACAGGAGAGGCUGGCCCAGACAUGGACUGCCCUGGGGUCGGGGGAGGCCUGUGGGACUCUCCCUUAGUCACGGCACUGUGGACAGAGAACUCUGGUCUCUGCGUGUUGGCUUUUCUGGUGGUAAGGGCUGUGCCUGGCAUCUUCCAGUGCACCUGGUGUGGGUCACUCAAGACUGGUCUGCUCUGGGGGCCAGGGCCCCAUCUGGUUGGGUCUGCCUUCAGCAGAGCCAUUGGUGUUGGCGAGGGGGUGGGGUGGGCCGGAGAUGUGCUGAGAAGCCGGCCUGAAGCACCGACCCCCACCGGUGUGUGGUGAUUGUCGCCGGAGCUCGGCUCCCAGCCACCUGCUGAGGGGCCACCCAUGGCCUUGCGGAUGUGAUUCUUGCGGCUGCGCUGGCUGGAGCUCUGGCCCCUGGGAUCCGAUGUGAGGCUGCAGAGGAGCCUGGUGGCCCGGGCCCUGAGCGCAGCCCCCUGUCUCCCAGGGCCCCUCUCCACCGUUUACCCCAAGCUGGUUCCCCUCUCUCUUCAGCCAACAUUCUCCUCACUCUGAAGUCGUGGCAGAUGCAUAAUUCGUUUUGUCUUUUAGCUGAAAGAAAAGUGUGAUUUCUCUG